UUGUCGAGAAGUUUUGCAGUCAGUUGAGCAUAAACAUUCAUACGGUGCGGUUUGGUGAAACAAUAUUAACAAAAGCGACUACAAGCGACUAACAUAUUGUACAAUACAAAGCAAUACUCGUUGGAUUCUAGAACUUAGUGAAUUGAACGUGGUGGCGUAUACGCAACAUUUAGUAUUUAGAAUAUGCUAAAUAGAAUGUGCUUUCCAGCCAUGCAGACAAAGUGCUAAAAAAGUUUAUAAUCAUUAAGUAACAAAAUAUUAACCAUUUGCCAAUGCUAGUGCUCACCAGAAACGAUUUCAGUUAAAUUUUGUGCUAUUUUGCUCGAAAUAAAAAUUAAAUAAAUUAGCAAAAAAAAUAAUUUUUGAAUUAUUAUACGCAAAAAGUGCAUAGAAUGGACUAUUUCGUAGCAUUGCUAGUGUGCGUGUGAGUGUGCAGAACGAAAAAUACAAUUAAAUAUCGCUUAAAAGUGCAUAUACAUAUAUCCUUAUAUAGUGAGCAGUUUUAUUGUCGAAUUUCGUCUCAAGCUAUUUACAACAAAAAAAUAAAUAAACUAAGUUACAGUAUAUUAGCGUCUGUUAAGUAAUUCACCAAAAACACAGUCAAAAUGAACAGCAACAUAACUUCGCGCUUCGAUAUGGCCGCUGAGAUUGCGUCCAUAGCAUUGGACGAAUUCAAAUCGCACCAUGUUGAUUGGAAUUAUACGGGACUGAUACAACGCUAUUACCAUUUGGUCGAGCGAGAUUUCGGCGAUCCCCGCGCUACACGUUUCCCCCUAAUGGAGCAUCCCCUUUACACAUUCGGUUUGGUUGCCAUAUACCUGUCUUGGGUCCUCUUGAUCGGACCAACAUUCAUGCGCGACAGAAAACCCUUCCAACUGCGGCGUACAUUAGUCAUCUACAAUGCCUUUCAGGUGGCGUUAAGCGCGUACAUGUUCUACGAGCACCUGAUGGCUGGCUGGCUGAACAACUACAAUUUGAAAUGUCAACCCGUGGAUUACUCAGAUGGGCCAAUGUCAAAACGGAUGCUGAAUCUCUGUUACGUCUACUACCUCUCGAAAUUGACUGAAUUUGCUGACACAUUCUUCUUUGUGCUGCGGAAAAAAUCGUCACAAAUAACAUGGUUGCAUGUGUACCAUCACUCGGUAACGCCAUUGGAAACCUGGGUGCUCGUAAAGUUCUUGGCUGGUGGCAAUGCGACAUUCCCCAAUCUGCUGAACAAUUUCGUGCACGUCUGCAUGUAUUUCUACUAUAUGAUGUCUGCCAUGGGACCAGAAUACGCCAAGUUUCUGUGGUGGAAGAAGUAUAUGACUGAAUUGCAAAUCGCCCAAUUUGUGCUCUGCAUCGUGCACACCACCCGCGCGCUCAUCAGCUCCCAAUGCCAAUUCUCGAAAUUCAUCUCGUCGCUGCUGCUGUUGAACGCCUCCAUCUUCUUCUGUCUCUUCAUGAACUUCUACAUGGCCAGCUACAAGAAAUCGCAGAAUCAGAAAAUGACCAUUGCCGCCAAAAUGAACGGUGCGCCGCCUGCCCAGAAUGGUUGUGCGUUAGCAACGAAAAAGAUUAUGGAAAUGAACAACAACACGAUGGACACAAUGGAUGCUAUUGGCUUGUUGGCGCUGAAGGAAAAACUGAAUUAAAUAUGUGCAAAACAAGUGGUGACAGACUUUCCAUGAACCGCUCAUUGGCCAUAAGUAGCAGACAAAUUAUGUGUUUUGACAAAAAUUUUAUAAAAAAAAGGGGAAAUGAUAAUCGCAAGUGCGUAAGAUUGACAAGGAAUAAGUUUGGAAAAGCUUUAGUUGCUUUAACGAAUUAGUUUUAUUUUUUUUAUUUUUUUUUUUAUUUAAAAUAUUAAAAUUUGAAAUUAUUUAGAUCAAUACGAACGGUUCGUCUACUUCCUGUAUUUGAUUCAAUUGAAUAGCUACAUUUAAUUUUUUUUAACAAGAGAGCAACAGACAGGUGAUAGAAAGUGUCGAAUUGAAGUCCUUUAGUCGAGAAAAUGGUAUAGACAUUAUGCUAUGUUCACAUUAAUGCUCAGAACUCAUUCUAAAUUGUUACAAAAUAGUUUUGAAAGCAAUGUAAAAUGCUUCAAAUUGGAAAAAAAAAUUAAAUAAUUUACGAAAUUAAGAUAAAAGGAUGUAAGUUCAAGUUUCGAUAUUGCUGUAGAGCUGUUCGUUUCAACUUGCUAGAGUUUGACGCUGCGCAAACGAGCUAGAAGGCAACCAGUAAUAACCCGUUCCCAUGACAGUCGGGUCUACGUAACCGGAACGGACCCGGAUUUUUAUCCGGCCAAGGACUGUCAACUCUACAGCAAUACUCAAAAUUACUGCAGGAAUCUUUUCUGCCCCUUUUCGGUUUCAAUUAUUUCAUAUUCAUAAAUUAAAUUUAUUUUAUUCAAAAGCAAAAAAAGUGCGUCUAAAAUACGAAUUUUCCGAGAAGAAAAAAAACAAGCUGUCAAAUUGAAUUAACUGAGAACAUCAGUGUGAACGUAGCUUACAGGAAAAGCACAAAUUUGAAUUAUUUUUCAUGGCAACUCUUUAUAGAAUGGAAGUAGAUCUGAACUUUGCGUGUAAAAAGACUUAAUUUAAGGGUUUCUGUCAAGGUUCGCGACUAAUUGACUUUUGAAUAAAAACGGAAUUCUAAAUUAGCAAGCAUUUUCUUAUAAACAUAUACCACAGUAGCAGCAGAAAUUAAUUAAAGACAACAACUUAAGCAACUAAAUGGUUUUUACCAGUAUUCCUUUUUUCUUUUUCAUUUAUAAUUUUUUUUUAUAUUUUUUAUUUUUUUUUUUUAAAUUCCUUUUUUUUGUUAUAUUUUUUUUUUUUAUUUUUUGAAAUUACAUUGUAUACACACUUAAAAUUAAGUUCAAUUAUCGUAAAUAGUACAACAAUUUACAAAUAUUUGAAUUAAUUUAGAAUUUAACACAAACAAUUUCCCUAGAACAUAUGAAAGUAGUGCAAGAAAUGAGUAUCCAUAAAAACAUAAAACUAAACAAUAUUUAUAAAUAUAAAACAAUACAUUUAUUAACUUAAAUGCAAUUACAACAAAUGUCGCUCCUUGUAAUACGAAAGUAAAUAAAACGAACAAUAUUCACGCCGAAAAGCAAACAUUCGUUCACAAAUCUCUCGCAUGCGAGCUAACAGUUGCUCAUGUAGAGUUCGCAUGAAUUAUGGAAAACAGUUAAAAUUGCUUGCGGCUGAAUAUUGCAUGUAAUAUAUUUUUAAAAUAAUUUAUGUCGCUUUGCCUCAAACCAAAAACCACAAACAUGCAAAUACAAAUACAAAUAUAAACACACACACGCACACACAUACUCGUAGACACUUUUAUAGAUUUUCGCCGUGAAGGUGGAAAUUUUGCAAACAUUUGCAUAGAGUUUGUGAAAAUCACAAAAUGGGUCAAUUUUUGCGAUCUGCCUUAGCCUUAGCCUUAGCCAUUCUAUAAUAUAGUAUGUACAUAUGUAUAUAUUAAUUAUUGUAGAGAUUAUGUUUGUAUGUGAACUACCAAUGUAAUGAGUAAUAAAUAUUGUUAGUAAUUA